GGCCGUACUUUUCAUCUCACCCCGGAUUUCCCUCACCGACAGACCCCAGGCGCCUGGGGGGGGCCCGAGAGGCAAGGCGUUCCUGAUGGAGUGGGCGAAGCUGCGCUGGGGCGUGUUCGACGAGCUCGGCUACCCGGGUGACGAGAGCUUCCCGCUGUUCUACUCGAACUCCGCCGACGGAGGCACCGUGUACCCGACGUACUGCGCGGACACGCUCGUUGAAGGUCGCAUGAUCGACAAAGGGGGCAGGGGCGCGUGUGGCCUGAACGCGAUGGGGGAUCCGGACGAGAGCUGCCGAUUCCUGCCCUACCGAGACCAGCUCGCUGCCUCGUCGCUGAUGUCGUAUCCCUUUAUUUUCAGCGAUACCAUCGUGGACUUCUGCGACGAGGCGAGCAGCGACCGGCCCCACAACCCGCACGCGCCCACCAAGCAGAACCUCUUCUGUCGAGGAAAGUCGGUCUGGGAGGUCAUGCGCCAACAUGCCGAUUUUGCGGACGGAAACAACCCCCCGACGGAGCGCUACGUCGACCCCGAGAUCACGCUCGUGCAACACGUGGACGCCAACUACGCGCUGGUUCUUGAUUAUUCCGGAAGCAUGAACGACCACUACCGCAUCCUCAAGCUGCGGAAGACGGCCCGGCGCUGGCUGCUGCACGAGGUGGCGGACGGGAGCGAGGUCGCCAUCAUCAACAAACACGCCAAGUUGGUGCACGGCCUCUCCCGUAUUGAAGGUGCAGAAUCUCGCAAAGCUCUGGCAGAAUCCCUUGACGUGUCGGCGGACGGGGGGACGAGCAUCGGGGCCGGACUCUACGCGGCCGUCAAGAAGCUGUCGAGAUGA